AUGGGUGUUUGUUCGGUCAUAUGCGUGAUAUUCAUCACCAUUAUCUUCCCUCCGCUCGGCGUCUGGGCUGUAGCAGGAUGUGGAAUGGAUUUGGUCAUCAACAUAUUCCUGACGAUUCUCGGAUACUUGCCGGGCCACAUACACGCGUUUUAUCUUGAAUAUGUCUACUACGAUAGGCGGCAACAAGCCCGCGAGGGUUAUGCUCCACCACGUCGUGCUCCCGGCAUUUACUCCGAAAAGGUGCAAACGGGUGGGCAAGCCUUU